GCCAAUAGCAUGAGAGUGUGGAAGGGAGAAAACUGUAAGACUUGUCCAUAUUUCUCCCAGUGAUUUAAACGGCCCGUCCGUGACCAUGGCACAAUCUCGACUUCUGCUUUUGGUGAUCUGCUUCGGCGUCCUCCACUACGGAUAUGGCCAUCCGUCUCGCACUAAGAAAGCAGUUCCGGCUCAACAGAGAGCUACAGAAGAUGAUGACAUGAGGACACAGAUUGACAAGCUGUGGCAGGAAAUCAACUCUCUGAAAGAGAUGCAGGCACUGCAAACAGUUUGCCUGCGUGGCAUCAAGGCCCACAGGAAGUGUUACCUGGUUUCUGAGCAGGCCAAGCACUACCACGAGGCCAACGAGGACUGCAUCGCGCAGGGAGGGACCCUGGCCAUUCCUCGAGACGUGAACCAAAACGACGAACUCAGAGACUAUGCCAAACGCAGCUCGCCCGGAUCCAAAGAUUUCUGGAUUGGCAUAACAGACAUAGUGAAAGAAGGCCAGUAUGUGGACGUGAACAGCCUGCCCGUCACCUUCUUCCACUGGGAUCGAUCCAAGAGAGAGCCCACCGGGGGGAAGAGAGAGAGCUGUGUUACGCUCUCGCUGGCAGCACAGGGAAAGUGGCAUGACGAGGUCUGUCGCAGCCAGAAGAAAUACAUCUGUGAAUACCUGAUUCCAUGAUGCGCGUCUCACAUGCCAUAAAGAUGGUUGUUGAAGAUAUAAACAGCCUGUCAAUAAAAAUGAAACGGUAUGAUGUGCCCUCUUUAUUCACUGUAAAUGUGGAGGAGAACGAAACAGAAACUUAAUGUGGUGAACAGUGAUUGUUUUUCAAGGCAGCAAAAA